UGAUUAUGGUUACCGCCUCCUGUAAUGGCGUCCACCCUGAAAAAAUGCAUAAAACAGGAUUUCGAGUGUCACUGUGUUUUUGACAGUUUGUUAAUCAAAAAUUAACGCUGAGGUGUAAGACAAUGAUUACGUGGAUGCAAUAAAUAUUUUAUGACGUUUGGUCAGGUGGCUUUUGUAUAAUUAAAUAAAGGAAUAAGAUUUAUUUUCCGUAUUCGGUGCAUACGAAAUGGUCUCAGUCCUCAAAAUUGUGUUCUUCAACUGUUUUUGCGCAUUUUUUGCUAAUACAGCAGCAUCUAGGGUAAUUGAACUGAGUGACAGGUUUCUCGAUAUUCACAAGGAGGGGCAAUGGCUUGUCAUGAUGUAUGCACCUUGGUGUGCCCACUGCAAAAGACUAGAUCCAAUCUGGGCACACGUUGCCCAAAAUCUUUAUGCAAGCAAUAUUCGAGUUGGCCGAGUUGACUGCACAAGAUUUACUGCCGUUGCUCAACAUUUUAAAAUCCGGGGCUUUCCGACCAUCUUAUUUUUAAAGGGUGAACACAAGUUCACGUACAAUGGUGAUCGCACCCGAGAGGAGAUAGUAAAAUUCUCUCUCCGUCUGACAGGACCUCCAGUGCAAGAGAUCACAAAAUCCGAGAGUUUUGACAUGGUAAAGGAUACCCAGGGUUUAUACUUCUUAUAUGUAGGGGAGCGAUCGGGCCACCUCUGGGAUAUUUACCACAAGACAGCAGAUGCUUUCCAGCCUCACGCAUUUUUCUACCAAUCCCAUCCAGCAGUGGUGGACAAGCAUGCUCCAGUUGAGAAGGUCCCUUCGAUCUUCGUUUACAAGGAAAAUGUUCAUUACAAUUUUGGGGGAUAUAAUCACAGUGAUCUUGACAAGCUCAACGCCACUGUGUACAAUUGGGUGAACGCAGAGCGUUUCUCUACGUUUCCAAAAGUCACUAGAGGCAACAUAAACCAAUUAUUCCUGACGAAUAAGUAUUUAGUGCUGGCAGUUGUCGAGGAGAAUGCAGUGGAGGAUGUAGCUCCAGAUAUGCUGGAGUUUCGUGAUAUGGUGGAGUCUGUAAUAAAAAAACAGCGAGAAAGAUAUCACCAGCACUUUCAGUUCGGUUGGAUCGCCAAUCCUGAGUUAGUGAACAGCAUUGCAAUGAUGGAGAUGCCAAAACCGAGUUUAAUUGUCAUUAACACAAGCACGAGUCAUCAUCACAUACCUGACGAUGACCCCAGUAAAUUAAAUCCUCAUGUAAUCGAAAUGUUUUUGGAACACAUCAGAAAUGAAACUGCACCGAGGUACGGGGGUAAUGGUGUCUUGGUGCAGAUUUACAGGUCGUGGUUCGAGAUGAGAACGACUCUGGCUUCGAUGUGGAAGGGAAAUCCUAUAUUGACGAUGGUCCUUUUUGGACUUCCAGCUCUGUUUUUCUCAUUGAUUUGUUAUGGAGUCUGUUGUCCCGAUAUUCUGGAUGCUGGAGAUGAGGAGGAGGAAGAGGAAGAAGACAGCAGUCACAUGAAGAAAGACUAAGAGGGGCUCUGAGAUAUUCGUUGAACGAUCUCAUCGACAAUACUGAGGAUUAUAUAGAGGAGUGGUAGGAGAUCUUAUGUUAAAUCUCUGCAGAAAUAACUCCAGAGGUACAAAAUAUAUUGACUUGAACUGGCAUACCACUUUACGACUGAUGGCCAUUACUUUCUUUUAAUUAUUGUUUGGUUGCAUUUUUUUUUUCUUCGAAAGACAUUGAGAGAAUCAUGAAGAUGUAUGGGUGUGAAUUAUUUAGGUGUUUAUAUAACAUAUUUGUUCGUAAUUGAGAGAAUUGAGGCAUUCCAUCUGAGUCAUUAGAUAUGUUUUCGACGACUAGAAGCUGUCGACAGCAUUUGAAUUUUAAUGAAGCACUGUAUAAAUUUUGUGAUUAGGCAGAGAUUGAUUUGUGGUUUUAAUACUCGUAUCUUAAUUGAUCUGUAAUCUGUGACGUGAAUUGAGUAAAUAAAAUUUAAUUUAACAGAUGAAA